CAGUUACGUUUUGAGAGUUGUUGAGUUCGCGCGCUUCCGAAGUUUUCCAUAUUGGCGGAGAACUUUGAUGCUCGAAUUCCAAACUUUUUUGCAGCCAUUGAAAAAUCUUCUGAUUAAGGUUGAUAGCCUUUGAAAUUUGGUUCGAGAAGUACUGUGAUUGAUAGAAAAGAAUUGAAAGUGAUUUAUGAAGGGUAGCUAUGGUUCAACAGUUUCGAGCACAAUGAACUUCCAGACCUAAUAGUCAAGACUUGCGAUGACACCGGAGUCGGUGGACUUGUUGACGACCGUUUACCCCUCCGUCGAUGAAUUCACCCUGACACAACUCUACUGCAACUUCUCGAGCUUAAGCGAUGACUUUACCUCGAAUGGAAGCCAGUUGUUCUGCACUGUCAACUGGGAUGGAGUAUCCUGUUGGCCACCGGCCCUGGCUGGCAGCACUGCUAUGGUACCAUGCUUUUCGGAGCUAAAUGGUGUCAAGUACGACACAAGCAAGAACGCAACCCGGGAUUGCUUAAGAAAUGCCAGCUGGUCUAGUUGGUCUAAUUACCGCUCCUGCAUUCCACUGACUCUGCCCGAGGAUGAAUAUCUCAAGGUAUUGUGGGACAUGAGAGAUGCCGUCACCGUCUAUUAUGUUGGUUAUGGCAUAUCUCUAAUAGCCUUAUCACUAGCCCUCUGGAUUUUUGUAUAUUUUAAAGAACUGCGAUGUUUGAGAAACACAAUCCACGCUAACCUCAUGUUCACGUACUUACUCCUAGACAUCACUUGGAUUUGCACAGCGAAACUCCAAUCAAGCCAGAACUACAUAGCCAACAGGGUCGCUUGCUUCUUGACCAUCUUCCUGACAUAUCUGAUGGGCACCAACUUCUUCUGGAUGUUUGUCGAAGGACUUUAUCUUUUCAUCCUCGUGGUCAAGACAUUCACGGUGGACAAUAUCAAGAUGUACGUGUAUGCUGUCAUUGGAUGGGUUCUUCCCGCUCUUGUGGUGGCCACGUGGGCCGGAGUGAAAGGUCACGUUGGAAAUACGAUCGAAGACGUACUUGCUCCACAAGGCUGCCCAUGGCAAAGAAGAGAUUACUAUGAUUAUAUCUUCAUCAGCCCAGUGAUUUUAGUUUUAAUGGCGAAUAUCAUAUUCCUCACAAAAAUUAUGUGGGUUUUAAUAACAAAGCUGAGAGCUACAAACACUGUCGAGUCUGAGCAAUACAGGAAAGCCGCAAAAGCAUUACUGGUUUUGAUACCACUUCUUGGAGUAACAUACAUUCUCGUGAUUGCAACCCCUAAUCACAGGACGGGAGAGGUUAUAUUCACUUUUAUUCAAGCUACACUUUUAUCCAUUCAGGGGUUUAUUGUUGCAGUGCUAUAUUGCUUUCUAAACGGUGAGGUGCAAAACUCAAUUGGACACAGACUGGAACGAUGGAAGAUCCGCAGGGCAGUUCAGAAAGGUCAGCAUCAUGCCCUCGGUUGUCGCUCAUCCCCCCACGAGGAUAAAUUCUACCACAAUCGAGGCGUUCGCGACAGUUGCAUCAGUUUCGCCACCUCCACGUCGUUCAUCAAUUUCCAGUCAGCAACCAACCGCUCACAUUCGGCACCGGUGAUGAACAGAGUCGAGAACUGCUCGGCUCAAACCGAGAGUAUGCUCGUAAGAGACGAUACCGUAUGAACUCUGAAAGUGUAAUGCAUGAAAAAAAAAAAAAAAUGUUUCACGUCGUGUUUUGUAGCUGUUGAUAAAUGUUUGUGUGUCAUCAACUUCUCAUCGGUGUAUUCCUGCAAUACUUAAUUGUA